AUGAAUAGUCCUCCUCGUAAACGACACCACCACGCUGGACGUGAGAGAACUUCAAUCCAUGUGGCCCACACUCAAUCUUAUAAGAAAGCUCGAAUUCUUGUAACACCUCAGACGGCAGUAAAUGUUACUUCAAGUAACAGUAAAACUCAUACAAAAGACCACGUAUUCCAACGACAUGAAGUGACUGUAAAUCCAGAAUCUGAAGCGAUUGAAGAAGAAGAAGAGGAAGAAGAGGAGGAAGCAAUGGAGCCACAGAUGGAUGAAAUGCAGAGCCAAGAGAUGGAAGAAGAUUCCAUGCCUCUUGUUGUUUUCCAGUGUAGCACCUGUCGAUCAAUUUUUGGCGAUUCCUACGCCUUUGUGUGCUCUACGGAAGAGCUAUGGCUUGUAACAUUAAGUCACGUGACUAACGUCGCAUUGGGCUCGGAAGUUCAAACAGCUAAUACGGGUCUAGAUACUGGCAGUUCAUACUAUGAAUUACUGUGUCAUAAUUGUCAGGCUGUCCUCGGACGCAAGUAUUUAACAACACCAGUGGUGCUAGACGGGAUUCGAGAUUUGUUUAGUUUUUCGACCGAGGCAAUCACGUCAUAUACACUUGGAGAACCAAUGCAACAGGCUCAAGAUAUAGCAGAUCCGACCAUGUUGCAAGCUGCAGCAGCAUGUCAUAUGGACAUGAUAAAGUUGGCAGUGGAUCGAAACGAGAUCAUACGACUACGUGAGGAGAUGGAGAAGGUUAAAGUGCUUAUGGUGACAGUAGAUGAUCGACUGGCUCAUCUGGAAGGAGGUGAACUUGAAUCGGAAGAGGAUACAACACAACAGCAGGGACUGAUGAAAGGAGUCAAGGCAUAG